CUUGGCGUUACGGUGGUUUUUUACUCAGUUUUUGAACGCGCAUUGCAGCGUUUUGACGUCUUAGUGUUGGCUAUGAUUGGACCAUACUAAUUUGAAAUAAGACCACAAAUUUAUUUGUGGUCUUAUUUUUCGGGCCGCUUUUGAAGCGCUAAUCGCGAAUCUAGUAGUAUUAUUGAUCGAAGGUUUAUUUGGGUAAAGAACGCCGCCCUAACUAUGAUCGUGCGCGGUGAGGUAGUCGCAUACCUGGCUGAAUGUUUAUAAAAUACGACUCGAUUCACGUUUCGGCGAAAUGUUAGGCUUCUCUUAUUUUUUAUCAGCAGGUGACCGACUGCGCGAGCGGGACGGGUAUCUCCUUUGGCGCGGCACGAAAGCUUUCGAGGAUCAUGAGUUCUAUUCGAGAAUCGAGAUAGUCUCGCGUUGGCUCGGUUAGGGGCCGUACGCUUCGCGCGUCGCUCUGUCCCCUCACAAGUUAAAACGUCAAAAACUUUACGUAAACACUCGUGUAUAUAAAUACCUGUAGUUGCAGGAUAAAGACUAGAUAAAUAUCAGUAAGUUUUUAGCGGGUCGUUAAAGGUCUUACUAACUGUUUUUUUUUUUUUUUUUUUUAAAGUAUUUUCUCGAUCGAAUAAGAUCGUGUAUGUAGUUUCGUGGAUAAUAUCGGGAUCGAGUGCAUUCGUGAGACAGGUCCUGCUACAUCUUUACGAUCGGUGGAAUAUCAAAAUGGCUUGUAUGAAAAAAAGCAGUUGUCGACGAACGAAGCAGAAAAUUGUGUUCAGGAAAUAAUAUAAAAAAGAAACUUCACAGAAUUUAAAUUUAAUUAUUUAACUGUUUAACGAAUAUACAUUCACAAUGAAUUUUAAACUGCUACCAUUUCUAUUAACCUGGAACCUUAUAAUGGUAGCAGCUAAACGAGAUUCCUUUGAAACUCAAGAUUCAACAAGAUCUAGAGAGCUGAGAAACAAAGAGAACAAUCGUAAUCGAACUACUUUCAACGGAACAUUAACAGAUCUGCCCGACAGAAGAAACUUAAGGCACAGGAAUAGCUCCAGAUACCGAGGCGACAGACGACGUGCUUGGGAACAUGAAAUAAGGCGUGAUCGACGCAAGGGCUCCGACAGAUCCGAAAACGCCGAUAACCGAACAUUCGAACCGUACAACACUAGAAAAGAAGAAAAAGCACGUAGAACCGACAAAAACUGGAAUAAGAGCACCGAGAAAUACCCUGCACGUAAACUGUUUAACCAAAGCAAGGCCCAAGACCGGUUCCACCAUACACCGGUUAGGGAGAACACGACGCGAUCUAGAUCCAAGACGCCUUAUAAGUGGCAGAGCGGUGGCUACAUACCGUACCCACAGCAAAGGGAGAGGAAACCUAACAUCAUUUUGAUUCUCACUGACGAUCAGGACGUCGAACUUGGUAGUUUGAAUUUCAUGCCGCGGACUAUGAAGGCGAUACGGAGCGCCGGAGCGGAGUUCCGUCACGCUUACACGACCACACCGAUGUGCUGUCCGUCAAGGAGCUCUUUACUGACGGGGGUUUACGUUCACAACCACAAUGUUUACACCAACAACGAUAAUUGCUCCUCGCCUAUGUGGCAAGCGACGCACGAGUCCAACACCUUUGCCACAUAUCUUUCUAACGCCGGCUAUCGUACAGGUUAUUUCGGCAAGUAUUUAAACAAGUACAACGGCUCUUACAUACCGCCGGGCUGGCGCGAGUGGGGAGGCCUCAUAAUGAACUCUAAGUAUUAUAACUACAGUAUCAACAUGAACGGGAAGAAAAUCAAGCACGGAGACAAUUAUCACAGGGAUUAUUAUCCGGAUCUGAUAGCGAAUGAUUCGAUAGCAUUCCUUCGAGCAUCCAAACGUCGUUUUACAAGGAAACCUGUUUUGCUGGUGAUGUCGUUCCCGGCGCCACAUGGACCCGAAGACUCCGCGCCGCAGUAUUCCCAUCUUUUCUUCAACGUAACAACACAUCACACUCCAACGUAUGAUAUGGCUCCGAAUCCUGAUAAGCAAUGGAUUCUUCGCGUCACCGACAAGAUGAAGCCCAUACAUCGUCAAUUUACCGACUUGCUCAUGACCAAGAGGUUGCAGACAUUGCAAAGUGUUGACAUGGCAGUAGAACGAGUGUACCAAGAAUUGAAAUCACUAGGGGAACUGGAUAACACUUAUUUGGUGUACACUUCGGACCACGGAUACCAUUUGGGCCAGUUCGGGCUGGUAAAAGGCAAGAGUUUCCCGUUUGAGUUCGACAUCAGAGUUCCCUUCCUAGUUCGAGGACCAGGAGUCGAGCCUGGCACGGUGGUCGACGAUAUAGUAUUGAACAUAGAUCUGGCACCAACGUUCCUCGAUAUGGGUGGAGUAGAAGCACCCGCUCACAUGGAUGGAAGGUCCUUACUGCCGUUACUGCAGCCGAGGAGACGUCGUCAACAGAUGUCUUAUUGGCCUGAUACUUUCCUUGUAGAAAGUUCCGGACGUCGUGACAUUCUGGGAAUGGGCCACCGCUCUCGAGAGAACAAAUACAGCCUUGAAAUGAAUGGGUAUCCUGGGACUACAUUGCAGCCUCAAGCAUCUUCCGAAAGCGCAGACUUCGAGGAAGAGACUGACGAUGACGACUUCUUGACCCUCGAUGACGAUGAUGAUGCGGAGAGCGCUGAAUUUGAUACUUUAGAAAAGCAGAAGUCUUCGGAGCCACUUAUCACAAACGAAAGUCACAAUCCAAUUUUAGAGGCCACUCUGGAAAAAGCUCUCGACGCUGGAGAUAUCCUAAAUACUCAGCCAUACAUGAUGAUGUCGUCCAAAGAUUUUUUGCAGUCCAGCAAUGCAACUAUAUUUGACACUAAAACAACACGAUUAGCAGUUGAUUGCUCCAAAGCUGAGCUCCGUGCCCCUUGCGCCGCCGGCAGAAAAUGGAAAUGCGUUCUAGUCAAUGGCAGAUGGCGUAAACACAAAUGCAGAUAUGACAAUGAAUACACUAUUCCACAGCCGAAGAUGAGUACAAAGAAAUGUGCUUGUUUCACACCCAGUGGGCUUGUUUAUACCAGACUGGAAACUGAUGGCAAUAUUGCAAGACGACCUAGUGAUAUAACCAAGGAGAGUAAUAUAACCAGAUUACGCAGAUCUAUCAGUAAUGAUGUUUUCGAACCGAAUACUGUUGAAACUAUUCUCAAAGAGAAUCCAAGCAUAGGACAUUUAAGUUUCAAAACUGAACCAAUCAAUGAGCUAGAAAACAAAAACAUGCAAGAUAAAAUUGAUAAACUAAUUAAAGAAACGCAAGCUUUUAUAGAAGCUUACGAAAAAACCAAAGACAAUUUAGAUCAUAAAAGGGUCAAACGACGAGCACGACAGUGGAACCAACAUAACGGAAAAAAGCAUAAGAACGAUGCACUGCUUAACACAAAUGAAUCGUCACUUGAAUGUAAAAUAGAAAAAGAUGGAAGGGUUAACUGUUCGCAAAUUAUCUAUAAUGAUUUGAAAGCUUGGCAAACGAAUAGAUUAAGUUUAGAAGACCAAAUAAGACAGUUGCGUACCAAGCUUGAGGAUUUAAAAGAGAUCAAACGACACUUAAAAAUUACUAAGCCAAUAACUGAAAUACACACUUUGAAUACGCCUGAAAUAAGUAGUCAUAUACACAAUAAGACAGCUAUCUAUGAACAAACUUCUAAGGAACACCUGAAAAAAACCAGAAUGCACAAACUGAAAACAAAACAGAAAAACAAUACAUUAAUCGAUAAAAAAAUGAGACAGUCGAACGAAUAUGUUUUCCCUACAGUACACGCCAAAGCUAAAGACGUCUUUGAUAUUCAAUUACAAAAUGAAUCUAAACUUGACGAAUCCACUCAUACAUAUAUGAAUAUAGGUGAAGGUGUGCCUCUAAAAGAGAACUUGACAAGUAUUUAUGACACAGAGCUGCCAAAACCUCAGGUUACUACGAUAAUUAUCGAUGGAAAAUACCAACAGCCUAAUAAUUUAGACAAAGUUGGUACAGUAUCACUUGGUAUUGUACCUACUACGGAAAUCGUAACUACGACUGCUUCCUCAAAAAUUUUCGAUACAACGAGCAACAAAAAGGUUUCUGAAGAAUACACAACAGAAAAGGAUACAACGUACUUUACUCAAACGGUGAAUUACUACAGUUCAAGUAUCGAUAAAAUAUUGAGGUCUACAGAGGCUUUACACACUGUAACAACAACAACUGCCAAACCAAUGGAAAACGCGACCCACACUGCUUUAAAUUUAGGGCCAACGAGAUUCGACGUAUCGGAAUACGAACAAAGAAACAUGAAUAAAGGAACUUCUAAAAGCAUUGAUAUUUUGGAAAAGCCGCCCGAUGUCUUUCAAAGAAGGUUGCAUCCACUCUUCAUUGAAAAUGAGGACAAACACGUAUGUUAUUGUGAGGAAAAUAGGAAAUUAAAAGGACCCGGUCAGAGCUAUAUGGAGGCAGCCCAGAGAGCGAGAGAAGAACAAAGAAAACGUAAAGCCCAGUUGCUUCAAAAGAAACUGCGGAAAGCCAAAAAAAGGGCAGAAUUGGAAAAACUAUGUGAAUCUGAGAGAAUGAAUUGUUAUCGUCACGACAAUGACCAUUGGCGCACGGCGCCGCUCUGGACCGCGGGACCAUUUUGCUUCUGCAUGAGCACUUCUAACAACACGUACAAUUGCGUUAGGACUAUUAACGCCACACAUAAUUUGUUGUACUGCGAAUUCAUAACUGGACUCGUUACUUACUACAAUCUAAGAAUAGAUCCGUUCGAAACUCAAAACAGGGUUAAACAUUUGACGGCUUCCGAAAGGGAAUAUUUCCACAAUCAGCUGCAACAACUUCUCAGCUGUCGUGGGCCUUCAUGUCGAAGAUUUUCGCAUUCGAAUACUCACGGAAGCCACGAAGAAUCCGUCAAAGGUUUCGAAAACAACUACCUUCACAGAGGCGAGCCCAUCGGAUAUAGCGAAAGAUCAUGGCGUUGGAACAGUUACAGUCGACGAUACGCUAGAGCUCGUGAAUUGCAUCGACGAAGACACAUGAUGUCCUAUUAAGCUGUACGGAAAAUACGAAAGGACAAUUUACAAGAGCUGCUAAUUUUCUGCAAAGAACACUUCGGUGACAUGGUCGAGUUGACGAUAUACGAAGUGCUGACUGCGUAUUAUUGAUUUAAAGAAUCCGUAGAGUUGAGAAAACAUUGAGAACUAUUUAUUAGUGUUCUCAAAAUUUCAUCGUAAACAUAGAUUUUGCUAAUCGUGACUCUGAACGUGACUAGAAUUUUAAUAGUAAUCGUGUAUUUAUAAGCAUGCAUCGAAUAUAGUAGGGCUUCCUGUAAUGGGCAUACCGAAUGUAAUGGUAGCCAAAAUGGUAUAUUUCCGUUUUUUUUUUGAGUUUGAAAUGAUUAUAUUAAAACUGCCUUUCAUGCCUAUUGUCAGUUUUUAGAAAUAGAGCGAUUAAUUAUCUAAGUAUAAUCAAACAGUAGUGUCACUUGAUAUUUAGCUUUAAAUCAUGUUCUGAUUAUAAUAUAAUCCUUUACAAUUUUCAAAGUUACUUGAUGUUUUUUGUAGGGUUUAUGCCGUAUUUAUUAUUAGUAUUUCCAGUAGUUUAUUAGCUAUCUUUCAGAUUUAUCGAAGUGAUAUGAAACAGUUGCUAUUGUGAUGAUUAAAUGUGUGUAUCAAUUUAUUGUAAUAUGAAAAAUGAGUUCCA